GAGGAAAUAUUAUCUAUUACUUAAUUCUUAUCACCGCUAACGCUCAACAUGAGAUCUUUGAUCUGUCUCCUUAUAUUUGGGGUAGCUUAUGUGAGCUGUAACCAGAAAUGCCAGGGGUCCCCUAGAAUGUAUAAUGGGAAACGGUGUGCCUCUACUACACGCUACGCCGACUACCACAAAGGCGCGUGUGGGUGCGGCCACGGAGACAGCCAAUUCGGUUGGAACCAUGAUCACUUCGUCACCGCCCCUAACCAGAUGUUCUUUGAUGAAGGAUACGGCGGAUGGUGUGGACAGAGGUGUGGAAAAUGCGUCAAACUGACAACCACAGGGGGAUGGGUUCCCGGCCAAGGAGGACCCAGUCCUACAGGACAGUCCCAGGUUUUCAUGGUUACCAACCUGUGUCCAAACGUUUAUCCUAACCAGAACUGGUGUAACCAGGGAUCCGGUCCCUAUGGUAACGGACACAACGACUAUGGAUACGUUGCACAUUUUGACUUGGAAAAUGGCGCCCAACAAAUUUCACAUAUAGGUUGGAACAACCCGGAAGUGACGUGGGAGAUUGUGUCAUGUAAUGGGUACAACACCCCCACCGACGGCAUGUAUAAUUCCUGCGAGUGUGCGCACCACGGUAAACGCUCUCUAAAUGGCACAGCUAAUGGAAGUGAAAACUAAUCGACAGUGAUCAAAUAUGUUGUAAAUUAUUUGCGUAAAGAAUUAAAUCUGUAAA